UUGAUUGUAUUAACAGUAACAGCCUGCAAUAAUUAGUCUAUAAUCUGUUCAAUUAAGGUUUCAAAAAAACCAUUUUAUUAAUAAAUACGAUUGUGCAAAUGGAAAUUUAUUCUACAUAUUUAUAACGUUAUAAAAUAUCACACAUACGGAAUUCUGAUAUAGAAGACAUAGAAUUCUUUGAUAUAGCAAAAUUAUCAAAAUGUAGUUCUCAAUUUUACAUUAGUACAUAGUACUUUUUCGAUGACUGAAAUUAAUAUUUUAAGUGUAUCUAGAAAAUGCUGUGAUUUAGAAUCAAAAUGUCACGCCUAAAAGGCAGAACGUCAAUGACAAUCAUUUUAUUGAUUAUCUUUGCUUUGUUAAUAAUAGUGUACCACCUAUUAAGUAGUGAAGUGGAUGAUGUUUCAAGUAAGUUACAUCCACAUAUUAAGCUUGAUAAUAACUACUUGACAAGGAUUCCACAAAAUAUUUUAGGGAAAGAAAAAUUAAGAGCCCAAUCAGGUGAUAAUCAGGACAUGAAUGAAGAAAUUGACAGUAUUGAUAAAAAUAAUGUAGACAAAAGUUCUUAUAGAAGUGAAUCAUUUUAUAAAGGUCAUAAAAUGGUACAUCUCGAUCUAAAAGGUGCGCCUCCAGUUAUCAAUUAUUAUAGAUAUUUAUUUCCAGUAAUCAAAAAGUUAGGUGCUACUGGAAUACUUAUUGAAUAUGAAGAUAUGUUUCCAUUCAAAGAUGAUCUUGCUGAUGCUAGUGCAGAAAAUUGUUAUUCUGAAAGUGAGAUAUCAGUCAUUCAAGAAAUUGCUAAAGAAAAUAAUCUCAUUGUUAUACCUUUGAUUCAAACAUUUGGCCACUUAGAAUUUCUUCUAAAGUUAAAGAAAUAUAUAGAUUAUAGAGAAGUAUAUCGUUAUCCACAAGUUGUAUGCCCCACAUAUAACAAAACUCAAAGUCUGCUCUUUACCAUGAUAGAUCAAGUUAUAACACUGCAUCCUCAUAUACAAUAUUUACAUAUUGGAGCAGAUGAAGUCUACCAAUUGGGAGAAUGUAUCAGGUGUGCAGAAAAAAUGUCUAUGAAUCAAUGGAAUAAAAAACAGCUUUUUCUCAAUCAUGUGCAUGCUGUAGCAUCAUAUAUUAAAAAAAAAUAUCCCCGACUAGUUGUACUUAUGUGGGAUGAUGAAUACAGAGAUAUAGAGCCUCAAGAAAUAAUAAGUAGAGGUUUGAAUAAAUUAGUACAGCCUGUUGUCUGGAAAUAUACAACAGAUCCUAUGUCCGUUUUAACUGAUCAACUAUGGGAGAAUUAUGCCCAGGUUUGGAAAUCAGUUUGGGUAGCUACAGCUUUCAAAGGUGCUACAGCACCUGACAGAUAUUAUACCGAUAUUUCUUAUCAUGUUGAAAAUCAUCAAAGGUGGUUAGAAAUUAUUGUUCGCCAAUCUAAACGCAUAAAAUUUCAAGGAGUAAUGCUUACAGGAUGGCAGAGAUAUGAUCAUUUCAGUGUUUUAUGUGAAUUAAUACCAUCAGCACUGCCAUCACUUGCUGUUAACUUAAUGGUUUUGCAAUCUUCUGAUUAUAAUACAUUUCCUGUAGAGGUACCACGCCAAAUAAUGGAUAUUUUAAACUGCGAUGGCUUAAUUACUUUGAGUCUUCCAGAACCCCAAUAUGGAUGGACAAAGUGCAAUUACUUUGGCUCAUCCAUUUAUUCUGCUACAUUGCGUCUUCAUUCACUGUGCCAAGAUAUAGCAAGGAUGGAACAAGAUAGUACAUUCAAAGGAUGGUUGAAACCAUAUAACAUCAAAUAUGUAUUUUCAAAUCCAAGUCAUGUUGAAAGAGCAGUUGUUGAACUAGACAGAUACAAAAUGGAAAUAAACUAUAUAGAAAAAGAAAUGAAAAGUGCUAUGGAAGGAAUUUAUAAUAACUACACAAUACAAGAAUGGCUUGAAACUUAUGUAUAUCCCUUAAAUGAUAAAAUUAAUGCCUUAUGGGAUGCCAAAGAAAAAAUACUUGAUAGAGAAUCAUGGCCUAGGAGACCACUAGUAAAACCUUCCGAUACAUAAUACAUAGUUUUUCUUUAA